UGUUUUGACCGCCAAAGAUGAGGUAUCGUGGAACAAGAAUCAGCUAAUCGCCUCCCAAGAAUAUCUGCAGAGUAGCACGGCGAGUAGCGUGACCGGCGGAGGGCUCGCCUUGGAAGGGUCUCUUAAAAACUUUGAUCCUAUUUCUCGCACUCUAAGUAAGCUGGCAGUUCUCAGCAAGAUAAUGAAACUAACCCUGCUUACUCGCACAGCUGUUGAAUGGAGUGGUCUUAAAGUAGAUCCAGACAACCCAGAGGCCGACGCUGUUCCAUUCGUCAAUACGACUGGACUCUCAAACGCUUUCCCUAUUGAGAUUUACAGAGAAAUUGCAACGACUAUAUGGAUCCCGGACCCUCCAUAUAACCCAGAGGACCCCACUUCGUUGCUCUACUAUCGAAUAGCAAAUCUCUCGACCCCUGCUAUUGCGGUUAUUGGAUGGACCGAAGAUGACUCUUUCGACACGGAGAUCUCAUUUAAACAAGCUCAGGAUACAAGUGUGAUCACAAGGUUGCCUUUAUUUGCAUAUCCUUUUGACGAG